AUGGAAAAAGGUGGAAAAAUGGAAGCUGCAAUUACGGAAGCAUUGUUUUCGCCGUUGUCAAAACAAAGCCCCCACGACCCCGCCGCCGCGCCGCCCCUGAUUACCACCGCGCCUCUUAUCUCCUCCCGUCAACUGGCACUAUCAACUCCGGCGAAAAAAAUUGGUCUAAAGAGUUUAGACAGAAGCUGCAAUUACGCAAGCAUUGUUUUCGCCGUUGUCAAAACAAAGCCCCCACGAUCCCCCCGCCCCGCCGCCCCUGUUUACCACAGCGCCUCUUAUCUCCUCCCGUCAACUGGCACUAUCAACUCCGGCGAAAAAAAUCCAAAAGCAAAAAUCGCCACCCCCACCCCGCCACCCCGUCGCCCAUCGCUCCCCGUGACCUCCGCCCGAAGCACGCAUUCCAAACCCAGCAAGACUGUUACUUCUCACACUAACAGCGGCGAGACAGCUGGCGCCAACACAGGGCGCCCACACCCCUCCUAUUCACAUUUACUACACACCAUUUCAUGUCAACUCGAUCUCCGACUUAGUACAGCUCGGACCCGCAAGCCGACCAGACCUCGUACCAUGAUGACGAACGGACCUCGCGCCGCCUUCCCCGUGGACUACGCCGAGGUGCACUCCCCGACCGACUCCAGCGAGGACAGCGUCGAGGUGAAGGUCUCCCCCAUCGCGCUGCGGAACAAGCGGAAAUGCGCCGAGCCGCGCAAGGUCCAGGACUUCCUCGGGCCGCUGAAGAAGCGCGUCUGCCUGCAGGUGCGCGCCGAGAGCGAGGGCCGCCCCUUCCGGCCGUGGAGCCCGCCGCCGCCGGGCUUCUUCCGCCCGCCGUCGCCGCCCAAGGAGCCGGUGGCGCUGGUCAAGCGCGAGGAGGCGCCGCGCGUGCCGGCGCACCCCGCGCCAGCGCUCACCCCCGCCGAGGCCGAGCGCGAGAUCCUGCGGACGGUGGAGGCCUUCCCCGGCCUGGGGCGGCGCGAGCAGCGCAACUACAAGAACAUGACGCGGGAGCGGCGGAUCGAGGCCAACGCGCGGGAGCGCACCAGGGUGCACACCAUCAGCGCGGCCUUCGACACGCUGAGGAAGUCGAUCCCGUCGUACUCGCACAACCAGAAGCUGUCCAAGUUGUCGGUGCUGCGGAUCGCGUGUUCGUACAUCAUGACGUUGUCGAGUGUGGUGAACGGUGACGAGGAGGCGACGACGGAGUGCGUGGACCUAGUGACCAAAACCAUCCAGCGCGAGGGGAAGUUGCGCAAAAAGAAAGACGACAACGACUAGUUGACCUGGUGCUGUUCCUGUAUAGACUUUGUACUUACUGUAAAUAUUUUUUUCAUCUAUUUAUUUCAACAUGACGACUUAACUUUGA